AGUUUGAAUUUCAUUUUGUUUAACGUAUUUAUUUAUAAUGUCACGAAAACAACUCCGUGAUUUUGAUAUUUUGGAAUUGCUUGGUAACGGCCGAGACUCAGAUUUAUCAUCUCUAUCUGGUGAUGAUUAUGAAAAAGAAGAAAAUAGUUUUCCUACAUCUGAAUUAGACCAACUUUUAAAUUAUUUUACUAAUUUCAAAGAUGGUGAUGAUGGUAAUGAAUUGUUUCCUGAUUUGUUUGAUGUUGAUAUUCCUACUGAUAAUGAUGAAAUAAGUGAAGUCAAUUCUAUAUUCCAGUCAUCUCAAAAUACUGAUUUUUUUCAGUCCAUUUCAAACACCUACUAUAUCACCUAUGGUGAAUUUACCAUUUGUUGACAAAAAAGAUAUGAAACCAAUGCUUUGUAGUGAAUUUGACAUCCAACAACCAGUACCUGAAUUAUCUAUUUUAAAAACAUUAAAUCCAUUGGAUUAUUUUAUGAAUUAUUUUCCUGAAGAAGAAUUUGAAAA